AUGAGAUUUUUGAAAGGUGCUAUUACACUCGAUUUAAAUUGUUUUCCAAGAGGAGCCAAGUCGGCAAAAUUAUGCACGCUGGACAUGCUUAAAAUAGACGGCUCGGUUCCAAUGGUGAACAUUUUUAAAGCAAAAAGGGUCAAAGGGUGGUGGCCAUUUUAUGUAAAAAAAGAAAAUGAUGAAAUGGAACUUACGGGUAAAGUAGAAGCUGAAAUACAUUUACUCAGCCAAGAAGAAGCUGAUAAAAACCCAGCUGGCCUGGGAAGAAAUGAACCUGAUCCAUUAGAAAAACCAAAUCGCCCUGAUGCAUCAUUUAUGUGGUUCCUAAAUCCAUUGAAAUCAAUACGCUACAUAGUUUGGCAUAACUACAAAUGGCGAAUCUUGAAGUUUUUCCUCUUUUUGGCUGUCAUGAUGAUGUUUUUUCUUUUCUUUUACGCUUUUCCUGGUUAUUCAGUUAAAAAACUUCUUGGGGCUUAG